AUGUUAGCAACAACAGCACCAAACUCGUUAGUCAUGAACCCAACAUCUAUGUUAGUAGAGAUGAAAAGCUUCAUUCCUUCUUCAUAUACUUUCGAAACAACAAUCCAGAAGAUAAAGCAAGAACUUCUCCAAGGAGAUUUAGAUUGCACUGCGAAAGAUGAAACAAAUGAAGAAUAUCUUUAUGAAAUGCAGGAUAUUAUUGACCAUCUACCUAAACUUCCUGAAAUCCAACAACAAAAGCUUACUAUUCCAGAAUUCGAUGAAAUAGAAGUCAAAGCAACUGACUCAGUAGAAAUAAAGAAGUUCAUACGAAAG